AUGGCGACAUCAUUAGAAUCCACAAGUAGAAGAAAAGCCCAAGUGCCAGUGCCAUGCUACUUCUGUAAAGGACCAGAAAUUAAAUGGGAAUGCAAAGACUGCGAUGUUCGCAUGUGUAACUCCUGUGAAGUAAAAACUGUUUUAGAUACUUCUCCGAUGAUAUCUGUGGCCAUACAUGUAAACAAGGAGAAUGAAGUAAUAGUUGGAAUUGGAGAACAAGGACCACCGUUUGCAGUCAAGGAUUGUUCUGUCAGACAAGUGAUAAUUUUCGACAGUGAUUAUAAACGGAAAGUAACAUCAGAAUUCGACAAAAAGGGGAUCAAAUUGGACAGUUAUGCAUUACGAAUUCGCACUGAUUUUAGAAAUGUUGUCUAUGUAAAUGACCGCUUUGACAAUGACAACAACGGUAGAAUAGUAGCUAUACAUAGAAAUGGUCACUUGCAGUUUACCUUUGACGGACAAACGUAUUUAGAAACAUUUAAACCACAAGGAAUUACUAUUACGCCAAGUAAUAACAUUGUAGUUUCUGAUCCAAGUAGCAAUGCACUACAUGUUUUAAAUUCGAAUGGAGAUUUACUUGCUCUGCAGUUAGUUAAGAACGAUCUUGGAAUCCAAUCUCCACUUAGUUUAUUCUUUGAUGUUGAAGGAUAUUUAUUAAUUGGAUGUCACAAAGGAAAUAAUGAAGACUACGGAAAAUUUCAUGCCGUUAAAAUGGUAGACAGUCUUAUGUAA